GAAUUAUUUUUAGGCGCUCAACCGGACGUGUAUUGUUUCGUUGCGUCGUGCUUGACACCGCUGAGAAAAGCACCGUGGCUGAAACUGAAAACUUCGGGAAAAAUGGAAAAAGUAACAGGCGUGAAGACUUUAUCCGCGCAUCCGCUGGCGAGAUAAGAAACAACAGCGAUGGAUCUUCAUGUUUUCUCGCUGCGGUGGUCUCCAAACUGACAAUGGUGUCGAAGGAAGGAAAAACGCAAAUUUUCUCACAAUUCCAUUGAAAGUAUAUUUACUCAUGGAGAAAGGAGCAAGUCGGGAGUCAUGAGCACAGGUGUGAAGAAGCCUCCAUUAGCUCCCAAACCCAAACUCCCUUCAACCACCAAACCCUCUCCCCCACCCAUCGCCCCCAAACCAGGUCUCCUCAUCCCAUCUUCAGUCGUCUCGCAACCUUCCCCUGCAACUCUUAAGAGGACAAAACCGGCUGUUGCACCCAAGCCAUGCAUUCGCAAAUCCACAGCCUCGUCUCCCCCUGUUUCUCCUCUGCCUCCCAAACCCAGGGAAUCCCUUAUCCUAUCUCAGGAACAGGAGGAGGCUUUAGGCGACAGCCUCUCACUUCUCAACUCCAAAAAUGGGAUUUUAUCAGAGACUAACAAACGUGAGUCGGAUUACAUCAUUCCCACCUGCUCCUGUGGGCUGGAGGACUCUUCCCAGUGCCAGCAUCUGGAAAAUGGAAGUAUAACUGAGUUUGAGAGCGGUUUGCACAAAGAAGUGUUGCAGAAUGGGAUUUCUACAGAAGGAUUCACAGGGUCAAGGGGGCAAGAGAAACCAGAACACAGGGAGGAGGGAGUGGCUGUGGAGAAGGGUGAGGGUGGAGGGGUGAGCAGAAAGCCCAGAGAUAAGCCUCAAAGACAGAGACACCUGGAUAAGGUCUUCGUAAACAAAGAGGACCAGAAUGGGAAAGCUUCGGAGAUUGUAAAACAUCAAGCCAUUGCUUUUUCUGAGCCUGAUGUUCCAAAAGUGGAUGUACAGACUGUAGCCCAAAACGCAGAUUUAACAGACUCCAAGUCAGCCUGUGAUGUUGCAGGCAGCAUCAUUUUCUCUUCAAGCAUUGCUCCCCUUGUGUCCCCUCCAGAAAUCUUUCAUGUGGAGCGCAGUGAGCCCAUCAGCAAAGCGUCUCCUACCAGAUCACACCCCGAUUCACAGGUCCCUGCUGCCCCCAGUAAGCCUCUCCCGGUCCCUCACCCACGUAAACUUAAAAAGCCAGCCCUGGUGAGGCAGGAUGGCGUGGAGGGCAGUGCCCAGGAUCAGACAGUGGCUUUGGAGGAGCAAAAACUGGGGCUUGAGGUGCGAGAGGCUGAAGGGAAACUGAAUCUAGCUGGUCUGUCUCUCAGUUCAGACAGCGAGAAGCUCAAACGGAACUCGUGUCACAAUACUUUACCCCAGAAAGACUCAGGUUUAGGAGAGGAUGAGGCCAACGCACCUAUCCCCCCUCCUCGUCAGACCUCCCUCUCACCUCGCCUUCACAGAUCGGUCCCCUCAUUGAACAAAAACGCCUCCCACUCCUUGGUCAUGCUGUCACAAUCUGACUCAAUGAGCCAUGAAAAAGAGGACGAGUACCACCGGGUGGAGGAGGAUGAGGAGGAUGGCUAUGGCGACUUUGAGCGCUACCCAAUCACUCACAGCCUCCCCAAGCAGAUCAAACUGGGCUGUCACCCUCCGCUGGCCAAUGCGAGGAAAGCCUUCUCGGCCGAGGAUCAGCAGUCACCGAGGGCGCCACCCAGAAAACCUCAGAGACACAGCCUGCCAGCACCCCCUCCGCCCUCCUUCUGCCCUCCUGCACCUCCACAUGCUAACACCCCUAUGAGGGAGCUGCCUGCUCCUCCCCAGGAGAAAACAGCCUGGCGAUUCACCCGACCCUGUGUGACCUUCUUCAGCCGCCAGAUGCCCACCAGGAGCAGCGUGCCGCCAAAAGGCAGAGCUCCAGCUCUGGGGGGCAAGCAGCGGGCUCAGUCCUUCUCUGCAGCUGACCUGGCAACCCGGGCCGACUCUCAAAAGAGGAGCCUCUCUUUCCGGAAGCUGCUCGAGCUCAGGCUGUCGGUCAAGAUGCUGCCAAAGCUGCUGGCCAAGGGAGGCCAGUCUCUGGACUGUACCAGCACGGAGUCAAUACGGGGGGACAAGAGCCUGGAGCGACCCAAGAGCUGCAUAGGGGAGGCUGAUUUUCGUGGAGAAGGUGGAGAGGAGUCAGUGGAGUAUGAGAACGUUCCACUGUAUGAGGAGAUCCCCGAGUACAUGAACCUGCCGUUUCACAGUGCGAGGCUGGGCUGGCCACAUGACUCUGACGCAGAUGACUCAGACAUCUACGAGGUGCAGGAUCCCUAUCACAGAUACCACGACCAUGAGUACGAGAGUGGCUGGCCGAUGCAGGACGUCCACUCUGAGGAGGAGGAGAUCCACAGUUCAGAUGAAGAGGACAACAGCUCCACCUCCAGCAAGGAGCACCUGGACGAGGCAGACCGACAGCAAGAGGAUGAGAUGAAGAGGAAGAAGGUGGUGCACAUCGCCCAGGAGAUAAUGAGCUCCGAGAAAGUGUUUGUGGACGUCCUCAAGCUCCUUCACAUAGACUUCCGGGAUGCUGUUGCCAAGGCGACCCGUCAGAAUGGGAAGCCGGUGGUGGAGGAGAGGAUCCUCAGUCAGAUCCUGUACUACCUGCCCCAACUGUACCAACUCAACAGAGACCUGCUGAGGGAGCUGGAGGAGAGGGUGGCACACUGGAGCGAUCACCAGAGACUGUCAGACAUCUUUGUCCAGAAGGGUCCUUACCUGAAGAUGUACUCCACCUACAUCCGCCAGUUUGACAACAACGUGGCGCUGUUAGACGAGCAGUGCAGGAAAAACACUGCCUUCGCCGCUGUUGUCAAAGAGUUUGAGAUGAGUCCAAGAUGUGCCAGCCUGGCUCUGAAACACUACCUGCUGAAACCAGUGCAGAGAAUCCCUCAGUACCAGCUGCUGCUCACAGAUUAUCUAAAGAACCUCCCAGAAGACUCUGAGGAUUAUAAAGACACACAAGCUGCCCUCAGCAUCGUGAAGGAAGUGGCCAACCAUGCUAAUGAUAUCAUGAAACAAGGGGAUAACUUUCAGAAGCUGAUGCACAUUCAGUACAGUCUCAACGGUCACCAUGAGAUCGUUCAGCCAGGCAGGGUGUUUCUGAAGGAGGGCACAUUAAUGAAGCUGUCCAGGAAAGUCAUGCAGCCACGGAUGUUCUUCCUGUUUAAUGAUGCUCUCAUGUACACCACUCCGGUCCAGUCUGGCCAGUAUAAACUCAACAGUGUCCUCUCUCUCGCUGGGAUGAAGGUGAGUAAACCCAGCCAGGAGGCCUAUCAGAACGAGCUGAACAUCGAAAGCGUUGAACGAUCUUUCAUCCUGUCAGCCAGCUCGGCUACAGAGAGAGACGAGUGGCUGGAGGCCAUCGCCAAGGCCAUCGACGACUACACAAAGAAGAAAAUAACCUUCAUAUCAAGUCGGAGUCAGGAGGAGGCGGAGUGCGUUGUUGACAGCGGGGCCCCGUUAGGUUCAAAGGCUCCCAUCUGGAUCCCCGACCUGAGAGCCACCAUGUGCAUGAUCUGCACCUGCGAGUUCACCCUCACCUGGAGGAGGCAUCACUGUCGCGCCUGUGGAAAGGUGGUGUGUCAGGCAUGCUCUGCCAAUAAAUACUACCUGGAGUAUUUGAAGAACCAGCCAGCACGUGUGUGUGACCACUGCUUUGCCAAACUGCAGGAGAACAGUGACCGCUGUGCUUCAUCAUCAGUUUCUCCCAUCAAAUCCGGAGCUUUCUCCUUCACCAGGAAACAGAAGAAAAUUCCUGCUGCACUAAAAGAGGUUUCUGCCAACACAGAGAACUCCUCCAUGAGCGGCUACUUAAACAGGUCAAAAGGCAACAAGAAGCAGUGGAAGAGGCUGUGGUUUGUCAUUAAGAAUAAAGUCCUGUACACCUACGCUGCCAGCGAGGAUGUUGCAGCGUUGGAGAGUCAGCCCCUGCUCGGGUUUUUCCUGAGGGAGGAGAAGAACGGGCCGGCUCAGAAGCUGCAGUUUAAGCUGUAUCACAAAAACACGCUGUUCUACAUCUUUAAAGCUGACGACAUCCCCACCGCACAGAGAUGGAUCGAAGCCUUCCAAGAGGCGAUGAUUCUCGAACAGUAACUUGGUUUUUACAGCAGUGAAGUCACAUCACAGCCCCGGAGCCAGUUGAUGGACGACUUACGACCCCUGACUGACGUCAGGUUGCGGGUCACCAGCUCAGGAAGGACUCCAGACGGACUGUUGUCUUUGAACAUAAACCCACUGCAGAGCGCCACAGACUGGAUGUGGAAAACCAGACUGCUUUUCCCUCAAAGAACUGGAUUCUGUUUCUCUAAACUUAUUUUCUACCAACAACAUCUACUGAUGCUGUUUGUCGCAGCUGUGGGUCAAAGGUCAAGUCCAGAAGCAAGUGUGUGGAAGUGAGACAGAUCCAGGGAUAUUUAAAGCCCUCGGAAAUCCUUGGAAGUCUGGGAAUUAUUUUUAAACUGCAAACGGAUGAAGGAAUUACUUCUGUGUGAAACAAAAUAAACAAAACUGUCCACCUUCAUUCGAGCACGCUGAUAUUGGCCACAAGGCAAAAUCUAAAGAUUUGAGAUCGAAAGUUUUUAAAAACAAAUUUGAAUCAUGGAUGCAAAGUCUCACUGAUGUGUGUUCAAGAGUGUAACAAGGUGGGAUUUUACUGUGAAAAUCCAGCUUCAACAGAGAAACAGGAAGUUGAUGUUCUGCUCUUUAGGUCAAUCUCUCUGGUUAAGAGAUUUUACUCCUGUAUUUUUAAAUUUAACAUACAAAACAUUAAAAUCAUGGGUUACAAACAGCAUCCUGGAGAAAACUGGAACUAUAAUGAAUAUUGUAGAUAUUUUUCAUGCAGUUAAAAUGUUGUUUGUUUGUUUUUUUUGCCUUUUUAGCCAAGUUUAAAAAAUGGUUAAUAGGUAAAACUGUGUAUAUGGACAUGAGAGAGCAACAUUGACCUUUUUUAUAUGGACGCCAAGAGCUAAUAUUUAUGAAAUAGGAAGAUUUAUUGUUUGAUAAAAAGCACAGGCUGCCACUUAUUUUGGGAGUCAGGGUUUGUUAGGAAAUAUUUUUUUCCAUUUAAAUAUUUUUUUUUCUUUUAAAUCUAAAAGAGAACUUACAGAAAAGGAGAUUUUUUUUUAAUUAGCAAAUACUGUGGAAAGUACGCAUGAACUACAUUUCUUUGGGAAAUGCUCAAAAGGAUCAAAACAUUUGCAGAACUUGUGCCUUGUAUCUCCUGUUUUGAGAUAAAUUGCAAUAAUAUAGGAGCUCUUCACUAAGUAAGGACAAAUUUAAGCAUGACUACUCACUUUCUAACCAGGGUACUCUGGGUUUAUAGCUUUAAAAAAUAAGAUUUCUUCUUGGUUAAGUUGCCAUAUGUUGCACUACCCCGUUAAAGAAACCCAAAUCCUACUUCUUUAGAGAAAAAUAAAACAUUUAAUACUGUCAUUAUGGAUCUCUGGCUGUAGAUUUAGUCUAGGGAGGUAGAGAUGUGCUGCAGCCUGGUAUGAAAACGUAUGUCUUCAUGAUUGUACAUUAACAGUGACCAUCUAGAGUCUCCUAUAAGCAAUGAGUCUAAACUGUCAGGCAACAGUUUUUAAUAAAAUAUCUAUAAAUAUAA